AGCGUGGGAAAGAAGCAAGCUGCCGGCAUUCGACCCGGGGAUUUAUGCUGCUAAUCUGAUUAGUGUAUGAUGGACGUGUCCAGUUGGAAGGAGAUGGAGGUGGCACUAGUCAGUUUUGACAACGCUGAUCAGAUCGUGGAGGAUCCCUGUUAUUCAAACGACCUCAGCCCCGCCAGCCAGUCGCGGAAAGGCCAUCCCAGCUGCGCCAACCUCCUCUCCAACUGGAGAAUCCUCAUCAACAGUGAAAACGCCAACAAUGAGACCAUUUUCUCCAGGUUCUCUGCUGAGUUCAGCGAGCACCUGGUGGGGGAGCGGGUUGGGAUGGAGGAGGGGGACCAGCGAGUCAUCAUCAACAUCGCUGGGCUGAGGUUUGAGACACGACUCAAGACCCUCAACCAGUUCCCGGAGACCUUGCUUGGUGACCCAGAGAAGAGGAUGCGUUACUUUGACUCCAUGAGGAAUGAGUAUUUCUUCGAUAGGAACAGGCCCAGUUUUGAUGGGAUCCUGUACUAUUACCAAUCGGGUGGGAAAAUCCGGCGUCCGGCCAACGUACCCAUUGAUGUCUUUGCUGAUGAAAUCACUUUCUAUGAGCUGGGUGACGAAGCCAUGGACCAGUUCAGGGAGGAUGAAGGGUUUAUCAAGGACCCUGAGACUCUCUUACCAACCAAUGACUUUCAUAGGCAAUUCUGGCUGCUCUUUGAGUACCCCGAAAGCUCCAGCGCGGCCAGAGGUGUAGCUUUGGUCUCUGUCCUGGUCAUCGUCAUCUCCAUCAUCAUCUUCUGCAUGGAGACCUUGCCAGAGUUCAGAGAGGAAAGGGAAUAUAAGUCCACCCAGGAGCUUUCUAAGAAUACGACGGACACCUUGCUGGCCCACAGCACCUUCACAGACCCUUUCUUUGUCAUAGAGACUGCCUGCAUCAUCUGGUUCUCCUUCGAGCUGUUCGUUCGAUUCAUCGUCUGCCCGAGCAAGACCGAGUUCUUCAAGAACAUCAUGAACAUUAUUGACAUUGUGUCCAUCAUCCCCUACUUCGUGACGCUCACCACCGAGCUGAUCCAGCAGAGCGAACUCAACGGGCAGCAGAACAUGUCCUUGGCCAUCCUACGGAUCAUCCGCUUGGUGCGGGUCUUCCGGAUCUUCAAACUGUCCCGGCACUCCAAGGGGCUGCAGAUCCUGGGGCAGACCCUCAAGGCCAGCAUGCGGGAGCUGGGCUUGCUCAUCUUCUUCCUCUUCAUCGGCGUCAUCCUCUUCUCCAGCGCCAUCUAUUUUGCGGAAGUGGACGAGCCACAGUCCCAUUUCUCCAGCAUCCCCGAUGGCUUCUGGUGGGCCGUGGUCACGAUGACGACCGUUGGCUAUGGUGAUAUGUGUCCCACCACCUUGGGGGGGAAGAUCGUGGGCACGCUGUGUGCUAUUGCAGGAGUGCUGACCAUCGCCCUGCCCGUCCCCGUCAUCGUCUCAAACUUUAACUAUUUCUACCACAGGGAGACGGAGAAUGAAGAGAAGCAAAUUCUGCCCGGGGAAGUGGAGAGGAUACUCAACAGUGUGGUGACGGGCAACGACAGCAUGGAGUCUCUCAAUAAGACCAAUGGGGGUUACCCUCGAGACAAGGCCAAAAAAUGAUGCUUGUUUCCAUGGCAGAGCUGAGCGCUGUCAGGUGGGGGGUGG